UGUGCGUGUCAGCAGAAGUCAGUCUCUUAGCAGCAGUCAGUUAGAAGCAGACAGUCAGUCAGUCAGUAGCAGCAGUCAGUCAGUCAGUCAGUCAGUAAGUAAGUAAGUAGUGUGUGGUGCGGUGUUGUGCGGGAGCAGCAGACUCCCCGCAGGGAUCCCCAGGGUUAUUACACACACACAGAGACGGCUGUUUAGAUGGCUGACAGAAAGGAGUAAGUUGGUGAGCGGUGCUGCAAACAGUCUGUGAUCAUCCAGCAAGUGUGUCGGGGUCACUAAUUCCAACACAAUGCAGCAGGAAUUUGAAGACAUCGACUCGUCCGGCAGAUGGCAAAACCUUUACAACGAAAUCCGUAACCAAGCUGGUGAAUAUCCUUACAGAGUGGCAAAACUUCCAGUGAAUCGGAAUUUGAACCGCUACAGAGAUGUCAGCCCAUAUGAUCACAGUCGGGUCAAACUCGAAAACUCUGAAAAUGACUACAUCAAUGCAAGUUUAGUCAUGGUGGAGGAAGCCCAAAGGGCUUACAUUCUUUCUCAGGGGCCUUUAAGGAAUACCUGUGGUCAUUUCUGGCUGAUGAUUUGGGAGCAGUGUUCCAAAGCUGUUAUCAUGCUCAACAGAGUCAUUGAAAAGGGAUCUGAAAAGUGUGCGCAGUACUGGCCGACCACAGAGGAGCUACAGAUGUCUUUCACGGACACAGGGUUUGUUGUCAGGCUACUGUCAGAGGAGGACCAAUCCUAUUACACAAUUCGAGUGCUAGAACUGCAGAACACAAAGACGGGAGAGUUAAGGGAGAUCUACCACUUUCACUACACCACGUGGCCUGACUUCGGCGUUCCCGAAUCUCCCGCCUCCUUCCUCAACUUCCUGUUCAAGGUUCGGGAAUCGGGCUCGCUGGGCUCGGAGCACGGGCCCUCGGUGGUGCAUUGCAGCGCCGGGAUCGGACGCUCAGGGACCUUUGCCUUGGUGGACACGUGCCUGGUCCUGAUGGACAGGAGGAAGAACCCAUCGUCAGUGGACAUACAGAAGGUGCUACUGGACAUGAGGGAAUAUCGCAUGGGCCUGAUCCAGACCCCAGACCAGCUCCGCUUCUCCUACAUGGCUGUCAUCGAGGGAGCCAACCUCAUCCUGACAGACAACUCAGCAGCAGCAGCAGCUGCAACACAGGCUAGUGUCGUCAACAAGCAGGAAGCGAUUACCCAAGAUGACUCAGAGCCAGAUCUGCCCCCACCACCGCCUCCACCCAGACCUCACCUCAAUGACAGCAGGCCCAACGGCCAGCCGGGACCAUGCCUGGAGCUGCCAACUGCCUCAGGAGAUGACCUGCCUGCAGAGGAACCAGCCAGCCAAGACCACAACGAGGCAGACAACACUGGGCAUGUCCGAAAGCGACACCGUGAGGAGAGGAUCGCCAGCACCUCGCAGAAGGUCCUGCAGAUGAAACAGAGACUGACCGACUCGGAGAGGAAAAAAGAGAAGUGGCUGUACUGGAGACCCAUCCUGCUUAACGUGGGUGCCGGAGCAGCUCUGGCUGUGGGCCUGCUGGUGUGCUGGAUGUACUCCCAGUGAAACACUCAGUCACUGAAAACUGACUCUUAUUUUGCACCAGUACCUGAGAUUAGGUACUUCUCUAAGUAGAUUUAGAUGGUAAUAUGUGCAUAACUGAGGGUAUUUAUUUCUUAAGGUCAAAUUGCGGGAGCGCUAGAUCAAAUGAGUGUGUGUAUAUUUUUCAUGUAAGAUCUUAACAAAAAUAGUAACAUCUCAGGAUCUUGGUGCCAGCACGAUGAUUUGAUUUCCUUUCCUUCUUGUCACUGUUGAUGAAUGUACUGUAUCAUAGCAAAUCGCUUUGAAAAAAACUUACUUAAGGUGCAGUACAAAGAAAAAAAAAAUAUUCUGACAGUUUAUUUUUGCAUUUUUUAUUUGUAAUGGCCAGAUGUGUGUUGAUCAUCUGUGGACACGUUUUACAGUUUGAGUUUCAGAAUGACUUGUUGAUUGACUGUCCAGCCUACCAUAGAUAUGUAAGAAGUUGAGACCCUAGAGGUCAAGUAUGGGAGUUUUUUUGUUUGUUUUUUUCUGUUUAUGAAAUUUGCAUUUCAUGCAUGCAUUUAAAGGUUUUCCAAAGCACCACUUGUUCUUCCAUUUACAUUGAGCAGGGCAUCCCAAAUUGGACAUACACAUAUGCGGGUAAUAGAUUAAAGGUGGUGUUUGUGUUGGUGUUUUAAUGAUGGUGGAGAACACUGUCUAACAUGUCAGUUCAAAAUCUCCCAUAGGUGUUCUGAUGGGUUGAGAUGUGGUGACUGAAGGUAAUAAUAUGAUUCACAUCAAACCAUUCAGUAACCCUUCAUGCCCUAUGGAUGGGUGCACUGUGAUCCUAGAGGAGACCACUCCCAUCAGAUAGAAAUGUUUCAUCAUAGGAUAAAGGUGAUCACUCACAACUACUUUGUAUUGAUUUGCAGUAACCCUUUCCUCUAAGGGGGCAAGUGGAUCCAAACCAUGCCAGCAAAA